AAAAAAAAAAAAAAAAAAAAAAAAAAAAAUACGAAUGAAAACCAAAACCGGUGCAGAUUGAAAGCAUUUCCGAAAGGAUAGAUUUCCCGCUUCUUCCAUUCGCGAGCCCCCCAGAACUGAAAGGAGGAAGAAAUCCGAUCGGCGUGGGUGCAGAGAGCUGUUGCCGUUGGGUGGGUUGAUUUCGGGGUGGUCCGGUCUGCGUUGGAGUGGGUCAAAGGCCUGAUCUUGUUUGGGUCAGGUUGGUUUCAGUUGAGAUUGGGUCAGAUCCGUGGGCCAUCUGCUCGGGUCCGGUCCGUGGGCCAUCGCUCGGGUCAGCUUCGUGGGUCAUCAGCUCGGGUCAGUUGAGUGGGCCAUCUGCUCGGGUCAGAUUCGAGGGCCAGCAGUUCAGCCCAGCAUCUCGGGUCAAGGACGUGGGUGGUCAGUUUCGUGGGUCGGCACCACCAUGGCCGCACCACCACGGCCGCACCACCACGGCCAGGGCAUGGGAGAAGGGGAAGAACAUGCAUUUGAUAGACAAGAAGAGAGGGAAACUUCAUAUGGCAGUCCAGGUGAACGUGAAAUCGACGAUUGCACUCCAGGUACAUCACAUGUAGUGCCAUCGUCGAAAGGUGAUGAUAUGAUUGAGGAGCCAAAGUCGGGCAUGGAGUUCAAUUCAUUUGAAGAUUUGUUUAGCUAUUAUAAGCAGUAUGCUAAGAAAUGCGGGUUUGGGGUGAUGACACAAAGGAGUGAGAGGUCAGAAGAUCAAAGUGUCAGAUAUGUUACUAUUGGUUGUGCACGGGGAGGGAAGGCACGGAUUAAGACAUCCAAUGUUGCCAACCCACGUCCGACGGGAAAGACAGACUGCAAGGCAAGGAUAAAUGCGUUGAGAGUCGAUGGAAAGAUGCAGUUGACAACAGUCAAUAAUUCACAUAAUCAUGUUAUCAGCCCACAGAAAUCUCGCUUCUAUCGAUGUAACAGAGAAGUGAGUGAGACAGUUAAAAGAGUCCUUGACACCAACGAUUUAGCUGGUAUCCGACUGAACAAGAGUUACGGAUCUCUUGUAGUUGGCGCAGGUGGCUUUGAGAACCUGCCAUUUCUGGAAAAGGAUUGUCGCAAUUACAUCGAGAAAGCCCGUCAUCUACGACUUGGUGCAGGUGGUGCUGGAGCACUUCGUGAUUAUUUCUUAAGGAUGCAAUACAAGAAUCAUGGAUUUUUUGCAUUGAUGGAUUUAGACGAUGACGGGAGAUUAAAAAAUGUUUUUUGGGCAGAUCCACGUAGUCGGGCAGCCUAUAAGUAUUUUGGUGAUGUCGUGACAUUCGACACCACAUACCUGACUAAUAGGUAUGGGAUGCCCUUUGCACCAUUUGUUGGUGUAAACCACCACGGGCAGUCGAUUCUUUUAGGAGCUGGGUUGAUUUCCAGUGAGGACACGGAGACGUUUAUAUGGCUUUUCCAAACCUGGUUGCAAUGUAUGGACGGAGUAGCUCCGAAGGCGAUUAUUACUGAUCAAGACAGAGCAAUGAAAAAUGCAAUUGCUAUUGUCUUCCCAGAAACUCGACAUAGAUUUUGCCUAUGGCAUAUACUGAAGAAGGCCCCUGAGAAGCUUGGGGCAUAUGCUGCAUAUAAAAGUGGGUUGAAAACCGAGUUGAUGAAAUGUGUAUACGACACACAAACUAUUGAGGAGUUUGAAAAAUGUUGGUCCGUGUUUAUUAAUACAUACCACUUACAUGAGAAUGUGUGGUUGAAAAGUUUAUAUUUGGAGCGUGCGCAUUGGGUACCCAUUUUUCUAAGAGACCAUUUUUGGGCGGGAAUGAGUACCACUCAGCGCAGCGAGAGUAUGAAUGCUUUCUUUGAUGGUUAUGUCCAUUCAAAGACAAACCUGAAAGAGUUUGUCGACCAGUUUGACAAUGCGCUAAAAAGGAAAAUUGAGAAUGAAAAUCAAGCAGAGUUUCUUUCCUUUAGUGGCACCAUUCCCUGCGUAUCUAGAUCGCCAAUUGAAAAGAAAUUUCAGGUGUUGUACACGAACGCAAAAUUCAAGGAAGUUCAACAGCAAGUUAUCGGUGUGCUUGAUUUGGAUCCAUCUUUACAGACAAUGGAUGGUGUAAUGAAGAGUUAUUUGGUAGAAGAUGAAGUUCGUAUUCAUGAGUUCACAAAACAGGUUACAUAUUUUGUGGAUUUUAAUGUCGAUGACUGCAAUGCAAACUGUUCAUGUGGUUUAUUUCAGAUGAGGGGAAUACUGUGUAGGCAUAUUUUGGCUGUAUUCAAGACAAAUGGUGUAAAAUCAUUGCCAGAUCGGUACAUUUUAGACCGAUGGCGGAAGGACAUCAAGAGAAGAUACACGUUAAUCCGAUCUAGCUACGAUGCGCAGGAUGAGAGGCCAAAUGGUAAUAGACAAUCAAUUCUUCUGAAUAUGUGUUAUGAGAUGAUAGAUUACGCGGUGGAAUCUGAUAACUUCUUUGAAGAUGCCAAGAAGAGGAUACAUGAGAUGACUGGAUUAUAUCGUCAGAACCAUCGACCCAAUUCUAGCGGCCAAACAGUUUCGGAACCUGGGGUUACAAUACUAGAUGGGGCUGUAGUUGGUAGCUCACAACAAGUGAAGAGUCCACUUGUUGUUAGAGGAAAAGGAAGACCUCCAUCUCUUAGAAGAGCAUCCAGGAUGGAGACAGAAAUGCGGAAGAUUAAAGCCAAACAGAAGAAAGCACAAGUGGGUGGAAAACGAAAACAGCGAGAUGACAAUCAUACAGUAGCUAUGGGCACAUAUAGGAAUUUAUUUGGGCCAUCAGAAGCAGAUAUAACCAAUGAUGGACAAUUUACGGUCAUGGACAGUAGUGGGACCACGCAAAGUGUUCAGCCUAUGUUUUUUGGUAGUCAAGAAAGUGUUCAUCCUAUGGUUGGUAGUCAAGAAAGUGUAAGAUUUCUCACUUAUCUAGGCCAUUUUUGUAAUAUUAUUUAUUAUUUGAUAAAGAUUUGUUUAUUUGGAUUAAUCAUAGAUUUUUUAUGAUUGGAUGACACACAACCAAAGCUCCCUGGGUGGAGAUGGGUCAGGAGCAUUGAUGUAAUGAUUUUGUAUAAUUCACAAAAGCAUUGUAUUUACAAGGAGGAGAGCUGGUGCAUGUUUUGUACACCACAAGAUGUGGUGUAUUUUUCCCCUUUAUGAACUUAUUUGGGCAAGUUGGCUGUAAUUUGUAUAUUUUGUAUUUUGUAUAUGUAAAUGACAUCUGAGAAUUUGUUCGUCAGAAAGGAGGAGGCAAGCUGAAAAAUGUGUGAUGUCAGAUUCGGAUGUAUAUACAUAGAUCACAUUUUGAAUUUGUGUUUUCUAGUCGGACAUGAUUUGAUGCCAAAAGACUAUAAGGGGUUAUUUUUUUGUUGAUGUGAUCAAACGGUAUAAAACGGAUUCUUCACGUCUUU